UGGCAAUCCCCCGUGCGUUUUAUUGGAAGGUUUCCUCUUGGUUUCCUGGCGGCAGUUGAUGACGUCACACAUCAGCAUUUACUGCUGCUUUAUAUGUGCGGGAGUGACAGCAGUCACCUCUAGAUUACUUCCUUCAUUGUGGACCAGAGCCCCUACUCCAAUUGGAUGGAGAAGGAGAAGAUAGCUAAGAGGAUAUUAAACCUCACCCUGGAGAUCAUAUUUCUGCUGACAGGGGAGGAUUAUAUACUGAUAAAGAAGUCAAGUGAACAGGUGUCAGGAGGAUGGAGCAUAACGCAGGAUCCUAUUGCAUUGUCUCCAUUUUACUCUCUGAUACAUAAUAGGAAAAAUUAUGAGAAGAUCCUGGAACUUACCAACACGAUCAUUGAGCUGCUGACUGGAGAGGAUUAUUUUAAGGAUUUUCACGGUAUUCUACAGAAUCAGCAAUACCCUGGUGGUGAUGAGAAUCCAAAAUUAAUCUCAGAAUAUAAAAGACAUCGAAAACUGUAUGCCAAUUACUGCCAGCAGUCUCCGCAAGAGGGAAUUUUUGAAGAUGCCUUUGUAGCCAAAGGUAAUGUUCUUGAAAUGAUUCCAAAGAAGAACCGAAGUUCUGGGAAAAGUGUUGAUGGUUAUGGUGAUUUCAAGGAAAAGAUAAAUUAUAGAGGCUCCUUGUCCGGGGGACAUUGUGGUCUAAAAACAUUUUCACCUUCCCUUUUAUUAGAAGAUUGUAAGAGAGAAAAUGGAACUACCUUUUGGGAUUGCAACGUAGAACUUAUAAAGGCUGAAAAUGAGAGCAACAUAUGCAGAUUGGAGACUAAGCCAGAAUUAGUGAGGGUGAAGAUUAAGGAAGAGGAAACACCUACAGUUAUUAGCCCAGAACCAGCUCAACAGAAUGGCAGAAAAGUCAGCAUAUUCCAUCCAGCAAACCCUGAUGGAUAUGACCCAAAUGAAGAUGCAGACACGAAAGAAAAUAACAGAGGAUGUCUGCCUCCAGGAGACAAGUUAUUAACCAGAGAGCCUAAUCACCGUGACGUAGAUAUCUUGGGAAAACUUUAUACUGAGAAACCUGAAAACCAUUCAAAAGAUGGUUUGGAAGAAGAUGAGGAUGACUGGCUUGAGGUGAAGAUUAAAGAGGAAAAUGUUCCCACAGAUAUCUCCUCUGAGCAAUUUGACCAGUAUUUACAGGAACUGCAACAGAGUAAACAAAGGGAGAUGUCAGGUGCAGGGCCUUCUCCACCUAACAAGUAUAUGAAACAAUCUAAAAAAUUGCGAGCCAAACCUUUUAGUAAGAAUGAAUUGAUAGACAUGGUUCAGUUUUUGGAUGAACAAGGAUAUGAACAUACAAUUGCUGGCCAAGUACAUCAGAAGAAGAGUGAAGUUCUGAAUCAGCUGUCUAAUCUGCUGUAUGAGAAAUAUGGAACCAUGCACAGCAAGCGCCAGAUUCAAAAGAGAUAUUCUGACAUGAAGACAAGGGAACAAUGGCGGCUUACCUCAAUAAGAAGGAAGAUACUUAGGGUGAAGAUGUUGAGAAGUGAAUCAGACAUGCCUCCUGCCACAUUUAAUGACGACAAUGCAGAUAUAGAGAGAAAGAACAUUAAGACAGAAGCUAUUAAUUCACAGAGUUGAACACAAGCUUCUAAUUUGUUUCUCCAGAAUGCUGCAGAUGUAUGGACGGGCCAGCCAAACAACUAGAGAGGCAGCAGUGAUAGAGGCAUAUAUAUUUAUAUGUCCCUACACCUGUGUGGUUAUACAUAUUAUAUAUAUUGUAUAUACAUAUUAUAUAUAUAACAACUGUGUAGAUACAAUUGUUUGUGGUUGCACCCCAAUGUAAACAUGUAACCCUACAUAUGUAAAAAUCCAAAACACAUAUAUACACAUAUACGUACAUUACACAUAUAUACAGAAGGCUUGGUUUACAUGAGGAUAUGGGGCUACAUUUUAUGCAUGCACCAUAAAAAUAUCCUCGCUGUGAGCAGUGUCACAGAAAUCCCAUAAAAAUUACUGGAAAUUGGAUUCAAAGGGUAAACCACUUCAAAUUCUCCCUUAAAUCCCAGGCCAAGUUUCCAAGGCCAAGCUUGUAUGCACCUAUCUACAUUGAAAGGUCCCAAAUUAAUGCAAUGAUGUAGCUGCACAGAAACAGGACAGCAGCUGAGCACAUGCUAUGGAAUAGCAGCAGCAGGACUAGCUAACAGCUGCAUAUCUGUUUUGUUCACCAUCUAAAGCCCUGCUAGUUUGUAAUGAUAUCUAUUAAAGGGGUUCUCCGGUGCUUACACAUCUUA